AGCAAGGCGACCACGGUCUGGCUAUCUAUAUUAUCUCUCGAGGAUCUAUGAGAGUGAAGAUCAAUUACUUCAGUCGAAAUGGAAUGCAUUGUACCGUUGUAGCAGCUGCAAGGGAGAAAAUUUACAGAUAUUAAGUAUCUAUAUAUAUGCUCCAGACAUGUCAUCACCUAGUUCCAGACGCUCAGCCUCGCAGUCUCCACGGUAUGAUCCCUUUCCGUCUGGGCAGCCGUAUCGAUCUAUCUUUGGUGGAGCGAGCAGUCAGGGUGUAGUGGAGUUGGAGCCGUAUUCCCAGGUGGGAAGUGAGGAUGAGGAGGAUGAGGAUGUCGCUAUGGAUGGCGUUGUUGGCGAGGAUGAUGAUGACGCAAGCUAUCGGGAUUCCAAUGAUGAUUCUGAGCAUGAAGAGAAGAUGCAAAGAGAUAUUGCAAAUCCCUCUACUGCAGGACAGCCGGAUGCGGGGAUGAAUCGGUCUCCGUCUCCUCCUGCGUAUCGACCAAAUAGAUUCCGGGGCCCGGAAUCCACAUGGAGAAAGCUGACGCGAGAGGAAAGAGAGAACGCACAGGCGCUGGAGACGAUCCGCGCCAGGGAUCUCGCGGCGCAUCUCUACAACGCGUAUGCUUUGCGUGUGCGGGCGCGGAACAUCGCACGCAAAGCAGCCGAAGAUGAUGGCCAUCGCCGCCGAAAUGAAGCCGAGUACUUUGCCCCUCCGAAGCGGUGGACGGCCUGGCCGAUGCCUGCGGGCGAGGUGCCCAGGCUAGACGAGCACCUGCGAAGAGAGGAGGGCGACGCCUGGACGAUCCGGAUGCAGCCCGAUGUGCGGCCGAGUGCCGAGCUGGAGGAGACUCUGAUGGCUGUCAUGCAGAAAGCAGCCAAGGAGCGGUUUGAAUCAAGGACAUGGCAACCCCGAAAGUCAACGUUGAUACCGGCGUCCAAGGGACGAAACAGACAGAUCAUUAGCACCUCGCAGCCAGAAGACGGGGGCGGCGAAAGCACGGGUUACGAUGCAGGGAAGAGCGACCCAGAGCCAAUGGGCAGAGAUGAAGAACAACAACAACAAGUUGAGCUACGCCCCGUCGUGCAGGCGGACGAUGAAAAGUCCGCGCAGCAGCUUCGGCCCUUGGCGCGCAGGGUGCUCUCGCGCUUCGAUACGCUGCUGCUCAGUCUUCAUCGGGCUCGCAAGGCGGCCAUGGCUGGUGACGACGGAUCCGCGAGCGAACGACACACCACUGAUACCGACAGCGUGGUAUCAGGUGCUUCGUCACCACGUAAACAGAAGAGAGGGAUAUCGCAGGACAAGACCGAACGGAGUCAAUCGCGAGGCCGGAAGCGUACCCGCCGCACGUCCUCCUCCCGCCGGACUGCCAGCGUUCAUUCCCAGUCUACCAGACUUGCCUCGGUUUCUUCUUCCCGACCACGAUCUACAUCACAGCAUUCGUCCCGUUCGCGUGGACGCUCAACCAGUCGGGCAGGUAGACAGUUUCGCUACGGUUUACGAGACUGGAGCGAUGUGCUCGGGCUCGCAUCGAUGACUGGCUGGCCUGCUGACGUGGUGAUGCGGGCUGCCAAACGCUGCAGCGAUCUGUUUGGGGAAGACAUGGAGUUUCGGACAUUAACCGAGGGAAGGGUCCGGCAUGUGCAACGACAGGAGACAUGGGCGUGGGAAUACGCGAGCGAAGACGAUGAUGACGACGACGACGACGACGACGACGACGGAGAUAGCAAUGACGACGACGAUGCUCUAUCGCUCCCCCAGACACCCUGCAGAGGAGAAUCAAAAGUAAGGCGACGGCAAUCCCAUUCUCGAGCAAAUUCCACAGCAUCCUCCCGUCUAGGGAGUAAAGGCAAGCAAAGAAAAACCCGCCUGCUGUGUCCCAUCACAUCAUGCCCACGACACCUCGACGGCUUCUCACGCAGAUGGAACCUGAACAAGCAUCUAAAGAGAUAUCAUUCUAUUCCUUCCCAUGCGAUUGAGGGUAUCAGUUCCGCUGCUGCUAGUGCAGGGGGGAGCGAUAACUACGAAGAUGACCACGACGACGACGAUGAUGAUGAAUACGACGAUGAAGACGAGGAAGAAGAUGGUGAUGAUGAAGAUGAUGAAGAUUCACAACAAGAACGACGCACGCCACAGCUGAAAGGCAAAGGCGAACACCGCAGGCAGGAUAUCAUCUGUCCUAUCCGGUCGUGUCACCGGCAUACACAUGGCUUCUCGCGGCGAUGGAAUCUCAACCUUCAUCUGAAGCGAGUCCAUCCGAAUUACGUCAACAGACAGGCUGAACGAGCGAGGUCUGUGGCUAGUGCUACAUGAGGAUAUGGCCAUAGUGUUCUUAUAUUGUACCAUUACAGGCACCUCCAACACUCUUUGUACAUAAGAGUUCUCAGCGAGAGCUAACCCUAGGGUUUCCUCAACCUAGAUAAACAUCAAUCAAUAUGACUAGUCAUUCAUAACAGUUAUAUUAUAUCCUGGU